AUGUUACCUUACGGCCUGAAAGUUCCUGCUCCUUAUUUUCCAUUCGCACCAACAGGAAGUUUAACUCAAGCUCACUUAUCAACACUAGACUUUCAAAAUACGCAGCUUAACGAUUACAACGUACGAGUACAGCUAGGAUUACGUAAUUAUCAGAAUUCGUUAGGGUUGUCCCCUUUCCACGCUUACAUCACCGAUCCGUACACUCAGGCCUAUUUUUACAAGCACGACCCCAGAGCCCGUUUUGUGCAAGAGGAACCCAAGCCUAGUCACAGUUAUAUAGGUCUCAUUGGUAUGGCCAUACUCAACUCCAAGGAUAAGAAAUUGGUGUUAAGUGAUAUAUACCAGUGGAUACUUGAUAAUUAUCCUUACUUUCGUACGCGAGGUCCUGGUUGGAGGAACAGUAUCAGACACAACUUAUCUCUCAAUGAUUGUUUCAUUAAGUCGGGCAGAAGCGCCAACGGCAAGGGACACUACUGGGCAGUGCACCCGGCGAAUGUCGACGAUUUUGAAAGAGGUGACUUCCGCAGACGUCGUGCCCAAAGAAAGGUUCGUCGUCACAUGGGCCUGUCGGUUCCAGAUGACGAUGACAGCCCGACGGCGUCGCCCAUACCGCGCUGGUCACAUCACGAUGCCACGCAGGAGUCAGAAAGAAGUCAGUUAGACUCUCUAGUUUCACCAGAUGACCACGUGUUGACCCCAAUAUCACCUGGAUGUGAACAUGACCAACUGCUUCUACUUCACCAGACGCCAAAGUACGGCAAUGUACACGUUCAGCCCCGAAAGCAAAGUAGAAAGCGAUUGUUUGACAUGGCUAGUUUGCUAGCUCCAGAUGAGGACGAGCAUGACUCAAAGAGUGAUCAACAGCCGAGCGAUCAUGACAUUCACAUUUCCCAUGCGGACUUAUAUCACAGCCGUGAAAGGAAACAAGAAGAUCCACAAUUAACUACAAUCAGUGAUAACAGCAAGGACAAACACGAAACAAAUACAAACGAAGACGUCGAUAUAACUGUAAGUCAUUUGUCCAGCGAGAGUGAGCGGGAACUGGAUGCUAGUGAUGACGACUGUGUGCAGAGCGACAUCCAGGUCACAUCGGGAAACGAGUCUCCGGAGCAUGAGCUUCACAGGCAUGAUGAUGAUAAGGACAACGGCCAGUCACUUAGUAGCAUUUAUGUAAAUAAGCUCAACAUGACAACUACAAACGGCGGAAAAAUUUACCCACAAAGAUAUGAUCACAAGUUAUUAAAGUGGUCUUCUAGUCUAUAUACAGUCAGCCCUAAAGCUGAUGUCGUUCACAAUAAAGAUACUGCAGGCGAAAACGUCAAUAGUUUCAACGAUUUGAAAGUUGCGAGUAAUUCACCAAUCGUCAAACAGUCCAAAACCAACAACCACAGUAACCACUUUCAGAAAGUUAUGUGCCAGCUAUCUCAUCCAGAUCCUUCAGAACUCCCAGAAGAACUGUCUUCUAUGGCCACAGGAGCGCUAGAGCACAUGAACCGCACGGCUGAAGAAUAUCACUUCUACCGAUCAGAUCUGCAUGGCUCACACCAAAAAACCAACCAGGAGAACGGGUAUGCCCUAGUUUCAACAAAGGACAACGGUUUGUUAAGUCACAAUAGACACAAUCAGACAGAAACGACAAGAUCUUUUUGUGAUACUCCUACUUCUGACCGCAGACUAUCAAGCGAUCAUCUAACAUGGCUUGAGAUGAACAACAGUUUACUUCCAAGAGACAGGUUGUGUGCCUUCAGUGCCGUGGGCAUGAGAAACUCUAGUAUUUAUUCUCCCAAUGAAUUCAGAACCGCACAACUCAGUUCUCAAAGGUUUCAACCUAUAUCAACGUCCGUAAGCGCUGAAGUAGCCACGUCGUUGAUAUCCACGAGCGUUUCUUCCCCUUCUUCGUCCACGACAUCCACCAGUCACGAAUUGGAUACUGCUGUAACCAAGUCUUGUCAUCAGGUCACCAGAAGUGGAAUUCCCGACAGCGUUGUCAGCAGAUUAGAGACAUAG